UUUUACGGAAGACUCCGGAGAUAGUCGAUAUAUCCCGUUUUAUAAACAAACAGAUGUUGGGAAAAACCAGAAACAAUGGAAGAGCCAAAAGACGAAUUCAAGAUCUUCACCGACGGAGAAUUUUCUUCACCCAUUUACAGAACCAAAGCAAAACGAGUACAAGUGGUAUAUUUUUGCCUUGACUCCCCGAUAGGCACGUAUAACCACGCCAAACAACGAAUACGAGUUGAUAUCAAAGCUAGUCAACUGUAUGGAAAAGAGGUGGACAUCGAUGUUUUUCGAUUCGACAGAUUCUACCGAGAUCGAUUUUAUGAUAAAAUAAAAGUUGACGAAAAGGAGAAGCCCCAAAUGAAAGUGGAGCUUUUUAAAAACUACACAUGCGAAGAAGUUGACGAGGUGUUUGAAGUGCUCGGGAAGAACGCUCAUAAGUUUGACGCAUAUUUCUUCCAUUUCUUCACUUACCUGCAGGUCGGUGAAAGAGGCAAAGCGGUCAACAGGCACCUGAAAGACUACCGGCUACAGUUCUACGACCGGGCGAUCCCGCUUGACCACAUUUUCGACAAAAUAAAAGCCUGUCCAUCGAUGGCUCUCAAACCGAAGAUUUUCUUCGUACAAGCGGACAACCUCGAAAUGUUGCAGCCACUGGUAAUUAAGAAGGCAACGCCGGUGACUUCCGAGCGAAAGAUUCCGAGCGACGCUGACAUCCUGGUGAUUAUGUCGACCAUUCCACAAGAGUUGGCCUCAAAACCCAGAAAACAACGCACGGAAACCAAUCGGCCAGUUGAUCAACCUUCGGAAGAUUCCGCCGAUCGGACGAACGGCGAAACAAGGCUAAAACAAUGCUCCAUCUUGGUUCAGGCCAUUGUCGAGAUUCUGGAAGACCAUGUUUUCAGAGAUGACGAUAUCUUCACUAACACGCCUCUGAUACUCGGCAAAGCGAAAGAUAUUAUCGAUACUACGGACUUUGGCCAGGACUAUACAGACUACGUUAUUCCGGUGCCGACAGUGCGGUCAACGCUUACAAAGUUCUUUUAUUUUUAAUGAUUUUCCAAAUGAAUAAAAACUCUGUUUACAAAUAACUUGAAACUACAUUGGACUAUAUUAAAACUUUGCUGACACACUGGGCUCUAAUUUUGUCAUUCGUCCAACUGUCUGUACAUAAAAACUGGAGACAUGGUUAUGAAUAUUAGAUAUCAUGGUUAACCCAUUUAUGCCUCGUGGACUCUCCUAUCCUUUUAAAUUGGAUCGAUUUAUGUCCAACAAUAGGGAUGUCUAGUAAAUUUCUUUCUUUAUUUAGAAUAUAUCUUACAGAAAUUCCUUUAAGCAAACAGCGAAGACCCUGAUGAGACGCCGCAUCAUGCGGCGUCUCAUCUGGGUCUACGCUGUUUGCCAAGGCCUUUUUUCUAGACGCUAGGCAUAAAUAGGAUAAUGUGCAACAUGGUUUACACCAGAAAUCAUCUUACUGUCUGGUUACUGUUUAAACAAUCGAAUACCAUGUUUUUAGAGAUAACAUUGUUUUACCACCACGCCUCUUAUAAUCGGCAAAGCGAAAGACAUUAUGAUAGAACGGACUUUAGCCCGGACAAUAAAGACUGCGUUAUUCCGAUGCCGACAGUGCGGUCAACACUUACAAAGUACUCAUGUUAUUAAAGUUCUUUUUGAGCAUAAGAAACGAUGGCAUAACAAAAUAUUUUGCGAAUUUUCUUUUGUAUUGUAAAUUGUAUUGUGAGAAUGAGAAAAUGUAUUUCUAUGGUUAUAUAUAAAUGGCAACAAUUUUUUACCUGAUCGUUGUGUAUUAUAUCAGGCGAGGCUUGUAAUAAUACGACGAGGCUUGCCAAGCCGCUAUAUUUUGUAUUUUUUGCGUGCCGAGCCUGAUGUAUUGCAAAACGAUUAGGCAGCAACCGGUUAUUCUGUAUAUCAUACCACUCCCAUAAUAUUUCUAAAUGAAUAAUCAGCUUUAUGUUUAGGCUUCUGUUGACGUGAUUUAAGAAAAUUACCAGACAGCUUAUAAUCAAGCUUAAAAUAUUGAUGUGCAAGUCUUCGUGUAAAUUAUAUAUAUUUAAUACCUGUUCAUUCCAAUAGCAGUUGAGCGAACGAUCGUUUUAUAUUUCUGACCUUUAAUCCAAAUUUUAACGUACGCUUUCGAAUGAUAAUACGUUAAAGAUAGAGUCGUUAUGGGUUUGUCAAUCAAAUACUUUGCUUGUCUUAUAUAUAGUCAACUAUGAGAGAUAUAGGAUAUCUGAUAUAUUUUCAUAAAUACCUUUCUCAGAAAUAUUCGGACAAAUAUGUGUGAGUCUUUAUUUUUAUGUAUGCUUUGUUGUCUUUUUGCCUUUGUUAUAACAUAGUAUCUAUGCCACAUAUAGAAGAACUUUGUUAUUGAAACCGACUUCAAUGGGACAAUGUCUUCUACAUGCAAAAGCUGUAUAAUGUUUUAGCAUGCUAUUGUUAAGCAUUGUUGACCAUUCGAUAAUAUGUUUACAUAUUAUGCCUACCAAUUGUGCACACACCAUUGUCCGCCUAAACUGAUUUUUCUCUUAAAAGGCUCCUUUUUAAAACGAACAAUGCCACAAAAGCGGAAAGUAUCGUCCCUGGUUUGCAUGUGCGCAUAUGCAUUAAGCCCAGUUUUCCCAGAACGCGGGUCAUGAAAACACGACAAUAAUGAGGAAACGCUUAGGAAAUAACUGAGUCGCGUUCUGAGAAAACUCCAAGACUAGCCUGUGAAGUCCGCACAGGCUAAUCAGGGACGACAUUUUCUUAAACGAAAAAUGUCAUCAAAGCGGAAAGUGUCGUCCCUGAUUAGCCUGUGCAGUUCGCACUUUACGCACAUGCAUUAUGUCCAGUUUUCUCAUAACGCGACUCAACUAUUUAUUGUAUAAGAUGCUUUGGAAAAGAAAUAGUUGUAUUUUUCUCUUAAUAACUCAACGUUCAUUAUUGUCAUGUAUUUUCACUUAAUUGCGGAAUGAAUGUAUUUGUAGCCUCAUAACGCGAAUGUCCGUUAACACGUUAUGUAUAUGCCAAAUCAGUUCAUUGUAUAAAUUGUGUCGCGUUCUGAGACAAAUGGGCAUAAUGCAUGUGCUUAAAGUGUCGUCCCAGAUUAGCCUGUGCAGUCCGCACAGGCUAAUCAGGGAUGACACUUUCCGCUUUUAUGACAUUUUUCACAGAACAAGACACAAAUUACCACACAUCACUCGCACGCACACUUUAUCUCCACUAUCUUACACACACGCUCACAGACUGCUACUUUUGCUACACACGUAGACUUUUCGACAGCAUAUAAACCAUAAGGGAUGCCUACAUUUUUCAUUCAUUUUAGGCCAACAAAACAAUGGCAUCAUCUUUUCCUCAUUAGAAGAUGCCCAUUAAUAAUAGAUUGUGUAUUGUAUUAUACAAAUAUGUUAUUUACUCUCUAUCUGAUUCUUAUUUGUGUUAGUCAUUACGUUCACGGAUGUAUAUACUAUUAUCUAUUUGUUAAUACGAUGCGCUGGAAUAUUCUUUAGUUAAUAAAACAUUUCUUCUGUU